ACCUACAACAAAAGUGCUCUUUUCCUCUCGUUGCUCUUUCGAGAUCAAACAUUAGGGUUUGUAGAGGAAUCUCCUACGCCCGCUUCCGAUUCGAGCUAGAGUUCUUUGUUUCGAUCUCUUGGAGGUUUACCCCUCGAAUUUGGUGUCGAGAAAGCGUAAAAGUACUCGCCUUUCGUUGUCGAGGAGUUGGAAUUCGUCUCAGGAGGAGGAAGCGCCAUGCGGAUCCACUCGAUCCCCCCGAGGCAGGCCAUCUCCCUUCGCUACGACGUCAGCGCCGCCCUCUCUCCGGUUGAGGCGGUGGCGGCCGCGGCGCUGCGGAAGGGGAAGCUCCGGCGCCUCCCCCACGUCUUCAGCAAGGUCCUGGAGCUCCCCUUCUCCACCGACGCCGACGUCUCGGUCUACGAGGGCCCCCGUGGGUUCCGGUUCGUCGCGGCCGCCGACGGCCUCGACGGCCGCGGCGUGCGAGUGCAUGCGGUGCGGAUCCACCCGGGCGUCACGAAGGUGGUGGUACGCAAUGGGGCCGCUGCGUGGGACGAUCUCGAGCUGGACAGAUGGCGCUUCCGCCUUCCGCCUUCGACUAACCCGGCUUUGGCUACUGCAGAAUGCAACAACGGGGAGCUCGUGGUGACUGUCCCCAAAGGUGCCGACUCUGAGGAUUCCAGUGAUGAAACUGGCGGAGAUGCAGAAAAGGAGGAGGCUCGCGGCUGCGACGGCGUCGGACUGCUUCUGCUCGUACUGUAAUUCUACUUUCUUUCUCUAAAAAUCGUCUUUGAUUAAAAAAAACUCCUUGCUGGACAUUUAAGUAUCUUUUAUGUACAUACAUAUAAGAGAUGCUUCUGCCGAGUUGCAAUUGCAUAAAUAAACAUAGCAGUUGGAUUUGGUGAACCAAUUGCUCUCUUCUUCUGAUUGGAAAAA